AUGAGACAGCAAGGUAUGUGUGAAGAAGAUAUCAAAUUUCGGACUGCCCUGGAGAAUUUGCGAUACAAAGCAUGUACCCAGGAGGAUAUAACAUUGCUCAAAAGUCGUGUUGCAGGCCCAUUGCCUCACCAACCAAAGCUCAGUGAUCCAAUAUAUCGAGGAGUUCCCAUAAUAACUGCUCGAAAUGUUCAUAGGGAUAAGAUAAAUGAAAUGGGAGCUGCACGAUUUGCUCUUGACACAGGUCAGGAGCUGAUAUGCUUCAAUUCCAAAGAUAAGUGGGCCAGACGUAAGGAUCUCGAAUCCUUGAGGGCAACUCAGAGAGCCCAUGAAAAAACCCUAGACUUGAUUCGCUCCCAUAACAUAGUUGAUCCUGCCAUACAGAAGAUGCUUUGGGACCUUCCUCCAUGCUGCACGGACAAUCAUGCUGGAUCAUUGAGCCUUUGCAUUGGUAUGCCCGUCAUGCUCAAAUAUAAUGAAGCCACAGAGCUGUGUGCAACUAAUGGUGCAGAGGCAACCGUGGUGGGGUGGCUGGAAGCUCUCUCUGAAGAUGGCCACAGAUAUUUAGACACUCUGUUCAUAAGACUGCAGAAUCCACCUCGAGUACAGCAUCUACCAGGGCUGCCUGAAAAUGUUAUACCAAUUGUUCCAUCAUCUAAGACCAUCACAUGUGACACACAAGCGGCGAAAAAGCCGAGGAUUGAAAGAAAGCAAGUCCCGAUUCUCCUCAAUUUUGCAAUGACAGACUUUUGCUCUCAGGGUCGUACCAGGCCAGUUAAUCCAGUUGAUCUCCAUAACUGUGGUGGCUUUCAAUCUGCAUAUACCUGCUUGUCAAGGGGUACUUCGUUAAAGUCAACAAUCAUCAUCCAACCAUUUGAGGAGUCCCUUCUCAGGGGAGGUGCUCCAGGCAAUAUACGGAGAGAAUUUAGGGAUUUGGAAAUUCUGGACCACAUCGGGUACCUUUACCACAGUGGAAGGUUGCAUAAAGAUAUACGUGGAGCAACAAGGCAUGCCUUAAUCAAGGCAUAUCAGAACAUCUAUGGGAAGAGAUCUGUGCCUUCUCAAGUUCACAGUGCAUUACAUUGGUCGUCCUGGUCUGACAAAGAUUUACAACCACCAAACCAUUGGAAUAAGUAUUCGGAGCCUUGGUUUAUAUGGCACAGAUCAUCUGAAGAACAUGCAAAGGUAAAGGAAAAAUUCUAUGGUCACCAGAAACCUCAGAACUCUGUGGAACAAGUGAUAAAACGUGGCAGCCCAGAUACCAAUAUCACAGAUAAAAUGGAGAAAAAGCGAAAAUUUAUAGACAUGAUGAACCCUGUAGAUUCUCAUAUCUUCCGUCCUGUGGGCUUUGUCUGGGAUCCUGUGGACUGGAGCUGUGCAUACGACAGCACUCUUCUCAUACUGUAUAAUCUGUAUAGGGAAAUAGGCGCCUCUGCAUUCAAAGAACUGUUACCAUCCACUGCUCCUGUCAGAUACCUCCAAAGAAAGAUGCACUUUUGCAUAAAUCAGCAAAGCCAAGAAUCCAUGGAAAUUAUGAGAAAUGAUAUACGGGAUUAUCUCUCUGCAAUGAAUAAUAUGGAGUUUCCAAGGCAUGGUCAAGUGCCUGCAUCUGCGGCUGCAGUAGCUGCAACAUUUGUGCAACCUAAAAGCAAGAAUGCAUUAUUCACUCGGUCUUGUUGCGGAAACCGGAGAGAUAAAAGAAUCGGUACUGCUGUAUGGUAUGCAGAUAAUGAUUUAUUGCAUCAGUCACAACGACCGCCCUCUGCAGAAAUCAUGCAGGAAUCUAUAAGCAGUUCCAGGUGGAUAGAGCUAAUUUCUCACCGCUACCGUCCCAGUCACAUUUGCUCCACGUGUAAUAAACCGAUGUUGGAAACUAUAAAUUUCACAGACCCUCCCAGAAUGAUGAUACUUUCCUUACCUCCUGAUAACACUGCAUCUAGGACUACUGUGGAUAAGGUUUUAUCUAUGACUUGUGGCUUAACAAAUAUCACAUGGAAGCUGCGUGGCAUAGUUUACUUUGGUAAUUUACACUUCACAUCAAGGUAUAUUGACAGUGGAGGAAGGAUAUGGUACCAGGAUGGAAUGGCAACAAGGGUAUGUCUCCAAGAACCGGCAAGUACACCUCUGGAGGAAGCUCAUGGUGCAGCUGCAUCACUUCUUGUAUAUAUGCAUUGCUAG